GAUCGCUAUGACUCUGACUUUCUUAAAAUUCAAACAAGAGAAAAUUCUAGCUCAUUGUUUUUCUCCUAUCCCCUAUCUUCUCCAUCUCAUAUUCUCAUAUAAUACAGAUUUCUGUAAGAAAAAAGCAGGAAAAUAGAGAGAGAAAAGGGGAAUUUUUUAGCAAGAAAUAAAAAGAAAUAUGGCAUGUUAUGUCCCUUUUAACAGCAGGAAUUUGGAUAUUAGCUUCUUCAUAUUUAGACCAACAAUUGUAUAUGUGGAUUCUCUUAUUGAUGCUCUGAAGCAGUUUUCUUCUUACACUGACAGCCUUGGUUGUGUUCACAGUUCCAUAUUUACUAGUAUUCAUGGGAGCAUGAUUGUGUGGUAUGGGGCAUGGAUGAAGAGGAAUGAUGAGAGCAAGCAACUGCUAAUUGCUGCCCUUAUUUCAGUCCUAACAAAUGUGGUAGCAAGCAUGGCCAUCUUACUCGACCACAGCUUCUUCGACGCCUACGCCGGCGAGUCGCGAGACGGCUCUCCGGCGGCAAAGUUCUUCACCGGCGACGUGGUGGCGAUGAGCUCGGCCACCCUCUCCGGCAGCGGCGGCGACUCGGCCGAGAUGAUGAGCUUCGGCUACGCAUCCUUAGCCAUAUUCAAGGAUCAGUUCCUAAAAAUGGAAGGCGCGGCGGCCGGCGUUUGCUUCAAGUCGAAAAGCAUGCCGAAAAUAGUAAGCCUCGUCGUGUGGAAAUCUCUGCAUUCAUUCUACACCUACAUUUUAACCUCGGAUUUUAGAAACCGAAUUCUUCCCUAUUUUGAUGGCUUUGCAGUCGACAUCAAAUACGAUGUUUUUCGAGUGGCCUAUGUUAGUGGGGAAAAUGGCCUUGAUAUGCUGCAAGAUUUCCAAAGAUGAUCAUAUUUUUUUUCCACUCAAUUUUGAUGUGUUUACGUGGGAAUCAUGAGAUUUUCUAGAGCAAUACUAUCUCAAUUUUUGUUUA